AUGUCGCCACGGCACAGGCUCGCUGCCUUCGGGUGCGCCACCGCCGCCUUCACCCGCUUCAACGCGGCCUCGGGACCGCAGAACGACGCCAUUUUGGUCGAAGCUGCCGACCACAUCGACAGCCAGCGCGCCUACUUCCGCUCAGCCGACCCCGCGGCGACGCUCGCCCAGGAGGACGCGUCCAAGGCCGAGGGCCUUCAGAGGACUAUCGACCCCCGCCGCGGAAGCACCAACAGCCUCGCGCUCGUGCCCCAGAGGCGCGUGCUGAAGAAGAUUCUGACGCAGCCGGAGCACGAGCCCUCGUCGGAAUCCUCGGAGGUGCUGGACGACACGCCCGACAAGGACCUGGGCGCCCUGCAGGGCGCGAUCGACCAGCGCGACAGCAGCUACAAGAAAGACAUCGGCGACGACGUCAACAACCUCGCCCGUCGGGGACGCUUUGACCUUCUGGAGGUCUGCGCGCCACCUACGUCACGUCUGGCCCAAGCGGUGCACGACCAGGGUGGCCUCGCCGUCCGCGCGGGAGUGCACUACGGGUUCGACAUGUCUACCAAGACGGGGGUACACCGCUUGGUGCCAUGGAUUCGCCAACACCGACCUCGGCGGAUCGUCGCGAGCCCCCCGUGCGCCGCUGACUGCGAGCUGCAGACCUGGAACCAGAAGACACCAGAAGAUCGAGAAGGACUUCGCAAGAAAGCGCAGCAAGCUCGGCGGAUUCAACACGGGCGCGAAACGGUCAUGUCGAUUGGACUCCAGCACCCUGGGGCGGAAAUUGACCUUGAACAACCGCAGCGGUCGCAGAGCUGGUCACGUUCGGACGCGCUCAAGCGCAUCAGAGAGCAGACCUGCGAGACGCUGGUCACCGACUGCGCCUACGGCCGUAAGUGCCCGCGCAGCGGGCGCCUUCUUCCCAAGGUAUGGCGGAUUUGCUCCACCGACCCCGAGCUCCAGAGGAGCGUCGGCAAGAGGUGCAGCAACCGCCCUGGUCGACAUGACAACCGCGAGCACGGUGCGAUCCUGAGCGGCAAGAUCGUUGCUUCUACUGCCUUCUACCCCGAGGCCAUGUGCAAGGCCUGGGCAACGCGCGCGCUACGAGCUGGUGGCGGAACAACGGCAGGGGCCUCAGCACUACUGGCGACCGACCUAGAGGGCGACGACCUGAUCUUCGAAGGCGACGGCGCGGACCAGGAGACGGAGGAUCCACGGGCGCCCAACGAGGAGUUCGACGGGGACGGUUUCAAAGCAAUUUCCAAGGAGGAGGGCCACACCACCACCAAAGAGGCGCAGGACAUUGAGUUCCGCCUUAGCCGUCCCCAUCGCAACCUUGGCCAUCCCUGCGCCCGCACCACGCGAGAGAUCCUGGAGAACUCGGGCGCCAGCCAGCAGGUCCUGAAAAUGGUCGAGAACUUCAAGUGUCGCGCGUGCGACUCCUCCGCGCUGCCGGAAGCGGUUCGCACUUCUGCUGGCGUUGAGAUCCCCGAGGUCUUCGAGGGGAUGGGAAGCGACGGUCUCGAGUGGACCGACCCUCUGGGCGACGCAAUCUACCUGCUGAACCUCGGCGAGGGAUCAGGGAUUACUCAGGUCGCCAACCGCGGCGACAAAUCCCAAAUCAGGCUGUCCCCGGGCACCGAGAUGUUCAUUGCUCCUGGAGCGCAGGAUCCAGCGAACGUGGAGCACAGGAUCCAGCUCUUCAAGCGCACCUUCGCCAAGUUCCGGAAGCAGAACCACGACUGCGACGUCGACGAGGCCAUCAGCUACGUCGUCCACGCCAUCAACGAUCUCGAUAAAGUGGGGAGCCAUUCCCCGAUCGUCCACGCGUUCGGCGUGGGAGGUGCGCAGUCCCCAGGCAUCGCCUUCGCCAUCGUCGACGACAGCCACGGCGAGACGCGCGAACUGCGACGACUCUCGGCACGCCAGAGCUUCAUAGAGGUGGAAUAUUCGGAGCGACGUCGCAAUGCUGAGCACGCGCGAAGUCGUGUUGCGACCCGCCGGAAACCUGGCGAGCUCGCCUACUACUGGCACAAUAGCCGCGGGCCCGUGAAGGCUACGUGGUACGGCCCGGCCCGCGUGCUGGUUCAGGAACAGCGAAUCCUGGCUGGCUCCACUCGGCCUACUUCAAUGGUCCAGAUAUCACGCGAAGGUGUUCUCCUGCGGCGCGCCCCAGAGCAGCCGCGGCCGGCCGCCGAGGCCAAGCGCAUGGUCGUAGAACUCCGCUACAUGGAAAGCGGAGCAGAACUCGAGUUCAUUGAUGAGAACAUGAUAUGCGAAUUCGACAUGCUGAAAUCAGAGCUUACGGACAGUGAAGGUCGCCGCAGGCUCACUACCCAGACGCUGGACUGCUGCGUGGCGAACCAGAAGCGGAAGGACAAGAUCGAGUUCCACUGGAGCAAACUGUCCUCCUCCAAGAAGGACGAGUUCCGCAAGGCUACCACGAAGGAGGUGAAGGACCCUGCGGACGUGAUUCGCUGUCGGUGGGUGCUGACCCGCAAGAGCGACGGAACGGCGAAGGCUCGCCUCGUUCUCCUCGGCUACCAGACCGAGGACAUUGGACAGGAACCGACGGCAUCGCCGACAGCCUCACGCAGAGCGAGGAACAUCCUCCUCACGGUGGCGGCCGCGAGCUCGUGGAACAUCGUCAAGGGCGACGUCACCAGCGCGCUCCUCCAGGCCAACGACCUCAAAAAGGACCUCUUCGUGGAGGCACUGAAGGGCAUCAAGGAACUCUAUACCUGGGGCACCUGGAAGGACAUGGAUGACGGGAUCGAUUCCGUGGAGCAGUGCGGGGUCUCGAUGGUGGCGAACGACAGGGGCUUCUUCCAGCAUCAGCAGAGCUACAUCGAUAAGCUGAUGGAGAUCAUCCCGAAGCACCCUAAGGCUCGACCCAGCGAUCGACUGUCAGAAGCGGAUCUGGGUACUCUACGGACCUGGUGUGACGCGUUAUCUUGGCUGGACGCGAAUACACUACCAUGGAUGUCCGCGCCGGUCGCAGACGUACAGAGCAAGAUCCCUACCGGUGACUACAAACUCUUCGGGAUCGCCAACAACAUCACCAAGACGGUCAAAGCCAACAGGACCGACGGGAUCCAGAUCUUCCGUCACAGUCUGCCUGGGUGCGGACCAGGGCUUCCUGACUUUCGGGUCUUCACGUGGUGCGACGCUGCGUGGGCUAGCCGACCCGAUGGACAUUCUCAAGGCAAACAUGUCACGGCGCUCAGCACUUCCGAAGGGCCCUUCCACCACGCCUGCGACUUCACGGUCCUGGACUGGGGUUCUCGUAAGCUGAAGAGGGUGGCCCGCUCAAGCUUAUCGGCAGAGAUUCAGGAGGCUAGCGACGCCGAGGGCGAGCAAAUGAUGGUACGACUGGCAAUGUAUGAUACGAGGUACGAGGUGCUCUACGGGAGGUUUGAUCUCAACGACCGCCGAGGAGCUCUCCAUCGUGUACCGGGUGCCCUCGUGACGGACUGCAAGGCGUUCUACGACGGCGUGGUGACGUCCGGGUCGGCCGGGUUAGGCCUCGACGAGAGGCGGACGGCCAUAGAGGCGCUCGCUUUGCGCCGCGCCCUCGAGGAGGGCGGUACCAUCGUACGCUGGGUGCACAGCCAUGCUCAGCUGGCCGACGGCAUGACCAAGGCCAGCCUUCAAGCGUUCAACGUGCUCCACGCCUUCCUGAAGAACCAGAGGUGGAAUAUUGUCCACGACGAGAGGUUCCUCUCGGCGCGGAAGAGGUCUGCGCUCGGGAAGGGGAUCUUCGACGAGACGACCGACACACACCACUCGGAGGCGAAAAAGAUAAUGGAGAGCAGGAGGCGCGAUCGGCCAGCUGCCAGUGACGUGGCUGCAGCCGGAGCCACGGACAAGGGGCUCGAGCAGAUCUCUUUUCCCCCUGUUUGA